CCUAAUUUCACAAAUUACAAAACCCCUCCGCCCACCCGCCAAGCACCGCCACUCCCACACUUGCAUAUACACGGCGGAGAAACGGGGAAAACCGUAUUUUCUUGCUCUCUGUGAUGGCUCUGUACGUACUGUACGAGUCGGCGUCGGGAUACGGCUUGUUCUUAGCUCACGGUAUUGAUGAAAUCGGGCAGAACACCGAGGCGGUUCGGACCUCCGUUACCGACCUCAACCGGUUCGGCAAGGUGGUCAAGUUCGUCGCUUUCACCCCCUACGGUUCUGCUCUCGAUGCUCUCAACCAAUGCAACGCUGUCUCCGAAGGUCAAAUGACUGAUGAACUGAGGAACUUUCUGGAGAAUAGUUUACCCAAGGUGAAAGAAGGAAAGAAGUCGAAGUUCAGUUUGGGAUUGGCCGAGCCGAAGCUCGGGUCACAUAUUUUCGAAGUGACCAAGAUUCCGUGCCAAAGCAACGAGUUUGUUCUCGAGAUUCUUCGCGGUGUGCGUUUGCAUUUUGAUAGGUUCAUUGAAAACCUAAAGCCUGGAGAUUUGGAGAAAGCACAACUGGGUCUCGGCCAUAGUUACAGCAGGGCUAAGGUGAAAUUCAAUGUGAACAGAGUCGAUAAUAUGGUUAUUCAAGCAAUCUUUAUCCUCGAUACACUCGAUAAAGAUAUCAAUUCGUUUUCCAUGCGAGUGAGAGAAUGGUACUCGUGGCAUUUUCCCGAACUAGUGAAAAUCGUCAAUGACAACUAUCUGUAUGCCAAAGUUGCUAAAUACGUAGACGAUAAAUCACAGUUGUCUGAGGAUAUGUUAUCUGGUCUGACAGACAUUGUCGGAGACGAAGAUAAAGCAAAGGAAAUCAUAGAGGCUGCCAAAGCAUCCAUGGGACAAGAUUUGUCACCGAUAGACUUGAUGAAUGUGAAGCAAUUUGCACAAAGAGUGAUGGAUCUUGCCGAGUACAGGAAGAAGCUGUACGAUUAUCUCGUCGCCAAAAUGAAUGACAUUGCACCUAAUUUGGCUGCAUUGAUCGGUGAAGUUGUUGGGGCCCGCUUAAUAUCUCAUGCCGGUAGUUUGACAAACUUGGCAAAGUGUCCUUCGUCCACCCUUCAGAUUCUUGGAGCUGAAAAGGCUCUCUUUAGGGCAUUGAAAACACGUGGGAAUACUCCAAAGUAUGGUCUUAUAUUCCAUUCUUCAUUCAUUGGUCGUGCAUCUGCUCGUAAUAAAGGGCGGAUGGCUCGUUAUCUUGCUAACAAGUGCUCGAUUGCCUCUCGCAUUGAUUGUUUCAUGGACAAAAGUACUACCGUUUUUGGAGAUAAACUCCGUGAACAAGUCGAGGAGCGCCUAGAUUUUUACGAUAAAGGUGUUGCUCCUCGCAAGAACAUUGAUAUGAUGAAGUCUGCUAUUGAAACAGCUGACGGCAAAGACAAUGACGAACCGAAAGCCGCUGUGAAUGGAGAUGCGAACGAGGAGCCAAAGACGGAAAACAAGAAGAAAAAGAAGGAAAAACGAAAACUUGAUGAAGAAAAAGUAGAGGUGAAUGGAUUGAGUGGGGAAGAUGGAACUGCAAAAAAGAAGAAGACGAAGAAGAGUAAAGAUGUCGUUAUGGAAGAUGUUCCAUCUGCUAUAAGUGAAGGCAAAUCAAAGUCGAAGAAGAAGAAGUCACGAACCGAAGACAGCGAUUGAUAACUUCUAAUUUACUUUUUUGUAUUAUUAUGGAUUGAGCACAAAUAGUUUUGAACAUCGUAUUUUGAUUUAGAGAUGUAGCGACGCAUGUUUUCUUAAUCAUCGAAAAUUUUGGAUUUCUUUUGUUAUCGAAGUUAUUUAUGUUGUUCCAUAUAAUGUCUACUUCAUAUGGUGCUUUCAUUGAAGACUGUCUUUUGUUUUUAAAGUAUUUUUUUUUA